AUGUCGUCCCGGAUCGCUAGCCCAGGGAUGCUUUCCCCAAACUCAAUGUCUUCUUACGAUUAUAUAUCGGCCAGGUCCGCCGCGUCGAGCACCUGGGCAGAUUCCUUCGGCACCGUCUCCGACUUCUACUCGGACGAGGACGAGAUCCUGUACAGAGUCUCAAGCCUAUCGUCUUCUAUCGUCUCGGGCAUGGUCUCCCAGCGCGGAAUGCCCAGCCGCGCCAGGUCGCCCGCCGUCUUCUCGGACAACAGCGACUACAUCGUCAUGAGCAGGGCUCGCUCCCCUGCCAGCUCUGAUGCUACGUCUUCUGACUCCCGUGGAGGGAUCGAGGCCGAGCUCUCCGCCGCGAUCUCGUCGCUCAGCAUCUCCCGGGUCCCCAACCAUACCCCCCUCACUGCGCCAACAGCGACCCGCUUCAACCUUCAUCGCGCCCUAGGCAUGCAUCCGGUUCACUCUGCUGGACCGACCGUCCAACCGAGGAAGUUCAGGCAGUCGAAGGCGAAGAAGAUAGCAGCCGCCCAGCGCGAGCAAGCAUCAUCCGCAGACUCGUCUAUGAACGCAACGUACUCGGAUAAGAAGGAUAGGGUGAAGAGGAGGAAGGAGCGCAGGAAGGCGCAGAGGCAGGCCGACAGGGCGGCUGCCUCCGCUCCUGCGCAGAGCACCGAGGCCGCCGAAGCCGGCCUGGGCGAGCGUCCGAUCGUUGACGACGUCUCCGAGGCAGGCGACCUCGCGGUGACAGGGGCGUACCAGGACGCCGUCAGCUUCAUCAACAGUUUCCUCUCUAACCCUACUACGAAGUCGGGUGCCGCCCACCUGCGGCUUCUCCAAGCCCUCAUCGUCGAGCUCGGGCUCUGCCCCUCGGCGUUCAGUCCCUCAUCGCCCCUCUCGUUCCCAUCGCUGCCCUCGCUCCCGCACUCUAUGCGCGCGGCGAAGGCUCUCCUCAAGUCGCAGGUCUUCCUCAACGUGCGCGACUACCUCGCUGUGCGCAGCCAGGGCUUGGAUGCCCUCCGCCGCGUUAUGCACAACGACCGCAGUUCGCUGAUGCGCGAGAUACGUGCGGGGAAGAAGAUGCCGGUGAAGGCGGUCAAGAACGCGGGGUUGAAUGUACUCCUCAUCACUUGUCAUUGA